GACGGCAGCCGCCUCCACGAGCGGUGGCGCUGUCCGGCCGCCCCCCGAGGACAAGUACCUCCCAUCCUGCAGAGCCUGCAGGCCAAGGGCGCUGGCGGCGGCCUGGCCGCGCAGCUGCUGCAGGGCGCCGGCGCGGCCGCGAAGGCGCCCAGGGCCCGCCCCGAGCGGAGGCGAAGGACGGAAUCCACCAGCGCCAGCGGGAGCUCCUCCGACGAGGGGCCGCACCCCGCGCGCCGCGGGGCCCCCCGGGGGCGCCCAGGCGCGUGA